AUGGCAGACAGCGGCAAGAUGUUGGAGGCCCCGGUCGCUCAUACGAGAAUGGCUCCCGUCUCAACACCCGUGCAGUCCAAGUCCAAGAAGGUGCAUUAUCCAUUCUGGUUUGGAGGUUCGGCCUCAUGCUUCGCCGCUGGUGUGACGCACCCUUUAGAUUUGGUCAAGGUCCGGCUACAAACACGCGCACCGGAUGCCCCCAAGACAAUGGUGGGCACCUUUGGACAUAUUUUGAGGAAUAACGGAUUCACUGGAUUGUACAAUGGUCUCUCCGCCGCCCUCCUACGCCAGAUCACCUAUUCCACAACAAGAUUCGGCAUCUACGAAGAGCUCAAAUCCCGCUUCGCCAAACCCUCUACCAACUCGUCCUCCUCUACAUCACCCGGCUUCCUCACCCUGCUUGGUAUUGCCUGCGCCUCGGGCUUGAUCGGCGGCUUUGUCGGCAACCCAGCCGAUGUGCUCAACGUGCGAAUGCAAUCAGAUGCGGCUUUGCCUCCCGCCCAGCGCCGUAACUACCGCCAUGCCUUCCACGGCCUGGUGCAGAUGACCAAGACCGAAGGUUUCGCCUCGCUCUUCCGCGGAGUAUGGCCGAACUCGACGCGCGCAAUUCUCAUGACUGCCUCACAAUUGACUUCGUACGAUAUCUUCAAGCGCCUCUGCAUUGAGCAGGUGGGCAUGGGCGAUAAUAUCGGCACUCACUUCACAGCUUCCUUCCUCGCCGGCUUCGUCGCUACCACCGUCUGCAGCCCCGUGGAUGUGAUCAAGACCCGUAUCAUGACUGCAUCCCCGGCCGAGAGCCGUGGUCACAGCAUCGCGGGCUUGCUGCGGGAUAUCUGCCGCAAGGAGGGUCUUACUUGGACCUUCCGCGGCUGGGUUCCUAGCUUCAUUCGCUUGGGUCCUCACACCAUCGCCACCUUCAUCUUCCUCGAGGAGCACAAGAAGCUCUACCGGAAAUUGAAAGGCAUCUAA